UAACAUUUCAACCGGCGCCAAGCCAGGGCCAAACGAACCAUUCUCAAGCGGGAGAGCGCCGUGUAAAACCAGAGCUCGCAGAGGAGGAAGAGAGAGGAAGGGAAAGGAAAAAACCAUGAAUGCCCCCGAUCGUUACGAGAGAUUCGUCGUCCCCGAGGGCACCAAAAAGGUUUCUUACGAGAGAGACACCAAGAUAAUCAAUGCGGCGUCGUUCACUAUCGAGAGAGAAGACCACACCAUCGGCAACAUCGUUCGAAUGCAAUUGCACAGAGACGAGAACGUUUUGUUUGCUGGUUACAAGCUUCCUCACCCUCUGCAGUACAAAAUCAUUGUUAGGAUCCACACAACUAGCCAGUCUUCUCCGAUGCAAGCAUAUAAUCAGGCUAUCAAUGAUCUGGACAAGGAACUUGAUCAUCUGAAGAAUGCAUUUGAGGCUGAGUUGGCAAAGCAUUCAAGGGACUACUAAUGCAUAUUUCAGGUGCCUCAGUAUCGUGUGCAUUUAUGUUCUGACUUUAAAAGGAAGUGAACCUAUUACUUUGAGACAUCUUUCUCAUUUUGACAGUUGUGAUGCAUCAAAAGCAGCAAUUUAUCUUAUUGAGACUUUUGUCACAACAGUUUUAUGAAGUCUGUCUUGAAGCAGUUCAAGAAACAAAAACCUUCUGCAUUCUGUAUUAUAGUUUUUCUAACUAAGCUGAUCCCUUACCAUAUUUUACUUAUCUGUGAAUUGAUUAUGUGGUUCCUGAUGGUACUUGCUAGUUAAUUGCAGUA